GGUCACACCAACAGUCAGAGGUCUGAGCUGCAGCUCCUGACCGUUACCUCCACAGGAGGAGGACCGAGGAGCAGACAAAGGGUUCAGUGUGCAGCAGCCUGCACCUCCUCCUGAACCUGCACCUCCUCCUGAACCUGCACCUCCUCCUCGUGCACCGGACAGGACAGGAUCUUCAGAUUAACCCUCCUCAUCCUCAGCAGCAUGCCGGGCUGGAGGAGGAACCUCACUUUCUGCCUGCAACGGAUGCACGAGGAAGAUGACGGCCCAUAUGGAAAAACGAAGGACAUCUCUGGUCCUGAACAUACCAUGACCAUGAGGAGACACAGUAUACCAGAAGCUCUGCGGGGCGUGACCAUGGUGGAGCUGGUCAAGAAAGAAGGCAGCACACUUGGACUGACCAUCUCAGGAGGAACCGACAAGGACGGCAAACCACGGGUAUCAAACCUGCGGCCCGGAGGACUGGCAGCCAGGAGCGACCAGCUUAACGUCGGAGACUACAUCAAGUCUGUUAACGGCAUCAAUCUGACCAAACUGCGACACGAAGAGAUAAUUAGUUUAUUGAAGAACGUAGGGGAGAGAGUUCUGCUGGAGGUGGAGUACGAGCUGCCCCCUACAGCACCAGACAGCACCUCAGGGCUUAUAUCAAAGACAAUCGACAUCUGUUUACACAAAGAGGGGAGCAGCUUCGGCUUCGUCAUGAGAGGCGGUACCCAUGAAGACUGGCACAAGUCCCGCCCCUUAGUCGUCACCUACGUCAGGCCUGGAGGCCCUGCAGACAGAGAAGGCACUCUGAGUCCCGGUGAUCGUCUGUUAAGUGUUGAUGGCGUUCCGCUGCAUAACGCCAGCCACAGCGACGCCCUCAGCGUGUUGGCUCAGUGCGGCCAGGAGGCUCUGUUUCAGAUCGAGUACGAUGUCACCAUCAUGGACACGGUGACAAAUGCUUCUGGUCCAUUGUUGGUGGAGAUUGCUAAAUCACCAGGAGCGACGCUGGGCAUCACGCUGACAUCAGCAAAUCAUAGAAACAAACAGGUCAUUGUGAUCGACCGGGUAAAACCUGCCAGUGUAGUGGACAG